AUGGAGCGCAGUGACAAGAGCACGAACAAGAAGACGACCACUGCGCCCAGCAAACCCAAGGGCCAGCGCAAGAAUUCAGCAGAGGCUGAAGAAGACGAAAAGAAACAGACCCUGCGCACCUCCACCGACGUCUACCACCGCGUCAAAUGGGACGAGGCGUUGGACAAGACGGAGUGGCGGAUGGGCUACCUGGACAGGUUCCGGGGCAUGCUCGAGAUUCCGCUGCUGGAGUUCAUCCCGGGCGGCGACGUGCCCUGGCACCGCGUCUACUACUUCAAGAAGGGGCGCGAGGUCAUGUGGGACCGCAACACCCGCGUCGACAAGAUCUUCGGCAGCGGCGACUCCUCGGCGGCCGAGGCCGACGACGUCAAGGGCAAGGGCAAGGGCAAGAAGGGCGGCGAGACGAAGGGCAAGAAGGGCGGGCAGGAGAAGGGAGCCAGCGCGGCGCCCUCCACCGCUGUCCCCGAGAAAGUGAGGACGGCCAAUAAGCCCGCGGUGUGGACGCCGCUGCCGGUCUAUCGCUGGUCCGCUACGACCCAGAGCUGGCAGGAGUCCUCUCAGUCCAUCGCCAACAAGACCGACGGAGUGGAGCGAGUCACGAUCGUCACCCUCAACGUGCUGUUCGACACCUACCUGUCGGAGAAGAUCCACACGGCCAAGCGCAUUCCGGUCAUUCUUCACCACCUCAAGAACACCAAGGCCGACCUCAUCGUGCAAUGCAAUCUAGGACUCGAGGAGGUGACGCUCAUCUUUUUGGAGUCCCUCCUGAGCGAGCCGUGGGUGCGGGAGAACUACUACGUGUCCGACUACCGAGGCGACACCGUCGUCCCCUACGGCCAGGUCCUGCUCUCCCGCUUCCCCAUCCAAAAGCUGAUCCAGCACCAGUACACGCCCCACAAGCGGGUGAUCGUGGCCCAGCUGGAGCUGAACAAGCGCACGGUCUACGUGCCCGUGGUGCACCUCACAAGCGAUCGACAGGAGAGCUGCAGCACCAAGCGAGCCCACCAGCUCAACGUCGUCUUCGAUCGCACUUGUCCCGCCAUUGGCGACGACGCCGAUUAUGGAAUGGACUGCUUCCUGUUCGGCGACUUCAACUUUGGCGACGACGACAACGACGGGGCCGUGCGCAAGGACUUUGUCGACUGCUGGCCCGCCGUGCGACCCGACGAGCUCGGGUACACGUUCGACCCGCAUCGUAACGCGCUGGCCGCGAUCACGACCUCGUCCGGCCGAUCGAACCGCAUCGAUCGGAUCUUCGUACGGUCGCCGGGCUGCUGGCGGCCGUCGGCCGUCGACUUGAUCUGCACGGAGCCGCUGCAGUCGUCGUCGGCCGGCGAGGGCCAGCUGCUCUUCCCGUCGGACCACUUCGGCCUCAAGGCAGUCAUCGAAUUCACCGCGCCGCUGGGCGCGGUCGCCAAGCGGCUGACGGCCGACGGCGAGGAGGAGGCGGAAGAGGAGGAGCCGGUCUACGUCGAACUCACGCGCGAGGAGCGCAUCGCGCUGCGGCCGCAGCUGCGCACGAUGCACAGCACCGCAGUGGUCGUCGUGCCUCCCCGCAAGCUCUGGCCCGCCCUGCAGAACAUUCGCAAGGACCACGACAAGAGCUUUACGAGGUGGAUGCCGCACAUCGUACUGCUGUGGGGCUUUAUUGAGGAGGACCACUUCGCCAACGCCGCGGAGAUCUUCAAGGACGCCUUGGCCUCUUUCUCGCCCUUCACUCUCAGCCUCAAGCAAUUCAAGUUCUUCGAGCACAGCCGCAACUUCACUGUGUGGCUCGAUCCGGAGGCCGAGGACAACGCGCUCAAGCGGCUGCAGGCGGAGCUGGAGAAGGAGUUCCCCUUCUGCUGCGAGCAGAGCGGCAAGGACUACGGCGGCUACUCGCCCCACCUGACCGUGGGCCAGUUCGUCACCAAGAAGGAGGUGCUUAGCCACAUCGAGAGCUGGGGCCGCGAGUGGGAGCCGAUGGAGUGGAAGGUGGGCCGCGUCUUCCUCAUCAGCAGGAAAGACGAGGAGCCCUUCCAAAUCAAGUACGCCAUCAAGUUCGGCGGCGGCGACGAUGCGGUGACCUUCGUCGGCCACCAGCCCGGCGCCGCCGAGGCUGAGAGCAGGACCGGCAGCAGCAGUAGUGGCAGCGGGUCGGCCGCCGCGGACCACCUGGAACCGCCCUCGACUCCGCCCGCCGACAGCGCGCUCUACCGGUACCUGGUCGCCAACAAGUCCUACGACCUCGACCAACAGAGGAAGCAGCGACAAGCCGCCGUCCGACUCGUCUCUCAGGCGUGCAAGGAGGUCAUCGAGAAGAACUACAAUGGCCAGGUCAACUGCGAGGUGCUUCAUCUGCUGGGCUCGUGCCAGAUGGGCGUGCAGACCGCCGACAGCGAUGUCGAUGCCCUGUGCGUCGGACCGGACACGAUGUCCUGCAGUCGGUUCUUCAUGGAGCUGCGCGUGGCGCUGGAGAAGACCAAGAAGCUCCAGAGCGCGAGGGAGGUGCACGACGCCAAGGUGCCCGUGCUCAAGCUGCAGAUCAACGGAGUCGAGGUGGACCUGCUCUACGGACCGUAUCCGUCUUCGGUGCCCAUCACCCCGCCAUCGCAGAUCGACGACCGAUCGCUGCGCAAGUUCGAGCCGGCCGUGCUCCGUUCGAUCAGCGGUUGCCGCGACGGUGAUGCCAUCCUCCGGUCGGUUCCCAACGUGUCCCACUUCCAGACCGUCCUCCGCGCCGUCAAGCUGUGGGCCAAACGGCGAGGACUGUAUUCGAAUGCUGUCGGGUUCCUGGGCGGCUUCUCGUGGUCCGUGCUGGUGGCCUACGUCUGCAAGAACUCCAAGCUCUACGCCAAGUCGGCCGCCGCGGCGUCCGGCGAUGGUGACCUCUCGAUCGAGGAGCGCCUGCUCGCCGAGUUCUUCGAGGUCUACAACCACUGGGACUGGCAGCAGCCCGUCGCCAUCACCCCCGGCUCCGCCCGAUACAAGCCCGGCCACAAGAGCGACAAGAUGCCGAUUGUCACGCCCACGCCGCCGUUCAACAACUCCGCACGCAAUGUGGCUCGAUCAACGCUCACCGAGAUGCAGCAGGAGUUCUUUAGAGCGUUUGACAUCACGCAAGCCUCGCAGUGGAACUCCGAGGCCGGGCUGAACGACCUGCUGCAGCCCACCAACUUCUUCAAGGACUACCACUACUACCUCAUGGUCGAGGUCCACUCGCUCAGCAGCGACGAGGUCACCAAGUGGCCAACUAACUUUUCUCUCAGUCUGGGCUGGCUGGAGAGUCGGCUAAUCGCGCUCAUCUUCGACCUGGAGAAGAACCCGCAGACCUACGCUCGGCCCUUCCCCGGCACCUUCGUCAACCUGCACGAGGUCAUCGAAAAGGAGGAAAAGGACAAGGGAAAGGGAAAAGGCAAGCAACAGCUGCAGGCCAAGCAGACGCGGGAGACGCUCGAGCUCCGCAGCAAUUUCCCAUUCCUGGGCACGUGCUUCGUGGGCCUGCAGAAGCUGCCCGGCGGCGAGUUCACCAAGGCCGAGGAGGCCGAGGCCCCGCCCAUGCCCGAGCUCAACGGCCCGACCGUCGACUUCAAGAGCCUCUUCGACAGCUGGCGCGACAAGCCCAACGGCAACAUCGUCACCGUCACCCCCAUCAAGCGAGCCAAGAUCGCGCGGAUGGUGCCUGCGUCGUUCAUGCCCGGCAAGUUGAACUGA